AUGGAGGAGGAAGAGGCAAUGAGCAAGAGAAGAUCAUCUGUUUUUCACUCCGGAAUAUGGUACCCAGAAAUGCCGGGCAUCACGACAAACUUAAACGAAAAGUAUGCAAUGCUUCCAUAUGACUUCUACCCGACCCAAAAAGGUGAAGCCGUGAGUGGAUCGAGGUAUCUUCCACUCUGCUUCAUUAGAUUUGCGAGUCAAGAUGGCCAGAUCCUUGGGUCUCUCUCUACAGUCCGUGGGAAACUGAGUACGGCAAUCACCUUUACUUACGAAUCAGACGAUUCCCCUUUAGUGGAGGUGUCAUGGCCAAGGGGAUAUGGAUAUAGAAGCAUGGAGGACCCCAGCUUUCAGAUUGAUGGCAAAGGUGGUGAGCGGUUCGUCCAAGCCAUAUUUAAAGUCGAAGGGAAUCUGAAAUCAAAUGAGGAGCCCCUCGUUCACGGAGUGCUCAGUUCUGCUAUUCUUCUAACAGAUCGCGGGCGGGAGUGUGAAUUAUGCAACUACGGGCGUCAAUAUGACGGUGUCUUCAACACAAUCGAACUCAGGUUACAUCCUUUGGAAACCAUUACAGGAAUAUAUGGGGUGCCUGGUGGGAUGUUCUUGGGCAUUGUCUCGGAGAAGGCCAACGACACACCACCGUGA